AUGUCGAUGGCUGCUGCGCAGAAGCAGAGACGCGAGGUGCUGCUGGCGGCGGAAGAGGUGAGCCUGAUCAGCGAGAAGCUGAUGCAGAUGCUCAAGGCCAUCGACCCCAAGCACUUUCAAUGCGGCAGCGUCAGAAGACGGAAGGAUGUGCAACUCUUGAUCGAUUCGCUGUAUCGAAUGCUCAAGUUCUUGUACCUCCGAUGGCUCAGCGAGCUCAGCGGCUAUCGCGACUAUUGCCAGCACCGGGCUCUGCGCCAGAUGGAGCAGGAAGAAGGUGACCUCACAUCAGCUGGAGAAUCGGGCGUAGGCGAUGAAGACGACAAGCUGUCCGAGGACGAUGAGGAGAUAGCCUCCACCGGGAGCCAUCACGACAGUGAGCAGUGGAAGGAGCUCGAGGAAAUUGAGGGCAAUGUGAGCGAUCUGCUUACUCCAGUGUCCCCCGAGGCCGCUGCCUUUUGGGCAACCAACUUCAAAGAGCCGCUUAAGUUCAUGGUUUCGUGGGAGGACUUCUUUCAUGCAAUCACCGCCCACCUGGGCUACUCCCCCUCGCAAGCAGCAACAGACCACCUGGCCACCGUGCUAGAUCCGGCCAGGUCAGAGAUGGUGAGCGUCAUCAGAUUUCGAGACUUCCUGAAGGGAUGGUACCACGGAUAUACGUCACACUAUGAGGCGGAACGCCUGCUCGAAGGGGAACCACCAGGCACCUUCCUAGUGCGCCACAUCAAUUUGCUUCCGGGCACCCUGGCCAUCGCACUCACGCACUCGGCCGGAACGCCGUCCACGAUUCUGCACAUCAUGAUCCACAACCACGAGGAAGCUGCAGCUCGACAGAAGAAACUCAACAUUCCGGGCAAAGGCGAGCUCGUCUUGGGCGGGUUCUCGGUGGAGCAAGAUGGUCAACUGUGGCAUUUCAGCAGUGCACCGGCGCUGGUGGGUCACUUCCAGCGUAUUCUGGUUCGGCCCUACGCCUCCAGCCUGAACACCGAGCCCUGGUUCUACGCCGACCUUUCUUCGCAAGAGACCAUUCGAAUGCUGAACAACCAGCCCGGAGGAGUGUAUCGGCAGAGGCUCGAGCAGGUCCCCGAGAAUGCCUACAUCCCCACCUUCCCCACGGUGAACGAGUUCAUCGAGGCCUACCAGAGCGUGCUGGCGUUCCCCUUCAUCGACACGCUCACCGCCGUGCACAACAUCGAGGAGGAGGCCAAGCGGAUGCUCGACGAAGCCGAGAAGAAGCUCAUGCCCAAGGAAAAGAAGGACGAGGAGCGCUUCCUAUGGCGAAGGAGCAGCGCCCUCAACACCAGCGGGUCGUUCUCGCCGGGCGGCGGAUCGGGCGUGAUGGUGGGCGGGAGGCGGAUGACCGACUCGCGACCUCGCAGCGAUUCGGGACGUGACAAGCGCGUGUUCGGGAGCGACCUCAUUACCUCCAUGGAGGCCCAGCGUUUGCGCGAGUCGUGGCUCGAACUUGACAUUCCAUUCUUUGCCGAUCAGGUGAUCCGCUACCUGUACAUGCACGUGCGGGAGGAGGGUCUCUUCCGCGUCACCGACUCGUCGACCGACGCCAAACUGUUCAUCGAAAAGAUCAAUCGCGGAGUUGAAGUGGACCUGUUCGCGAUGAAUAAGCCUCACCUGAUGGCCAUGCUGCUCAAGGCGUAUCUGCGCGAGCUUCGGCGGCCGCUCAUCGUCCCCGAGCUCUUCUCCAAGUUCAUCAUCGUCAACGAUGCGACUCCAUUGGAGUACGUGAAGGACCUUCUGGGGCAGCUUCCCAAGGACCAUAUUGCCCUCCUCAAGUGUCUGCUCAAACUGCUGCAUCGGGUGGCCUCUGAGGAAACCUCCAAGAUGAACGCGCACAAUCUCGCGGUGUGCAUCGGACCUAAUAUUCUCCGCCACACGGACAACGUAAGCCUGGAGGCGUCGCUCGAGGCCUCACAUUCGGUGUACGCCGUCUGCACCAUACUGAUCGAGAAGGCCUACACUCUAUUCCCCGAGCUCGAGGAGCAUUCGCUGGAGUACAUUGAGAGCGAGGAGAUCGUGCUCAUGCCGUCCCGGAGACAAAUCAAGUCGGCCACCAUGGAGACCCUCUUCCGCACCAUCUACACCUGCCCCAAGGGCCUGAUCCCUGCGUCAUACGCCAACUAUGUGAACGUCUUUCUCCUCACCUACCACUCGUGGGCCACGUCGGCGGAGCUGUUGGACUCGAUGACGCACCUCUAUCUGGAACUCUCCAACCAGAACGACCAGAACAAAGUCGCACUCAUGCGAAUCUGUGCCUUCCUCAAGAAGUGGACGAGGGAGCAGUUCUACGAGUUCCAGGAUGACCCGCAGCUGCUGGAGGCCUAUGAACAAUUCGUGUCGGGUAGCAAGGACAUCCAAGUGGUGCGAACGCUGGCGCCAACGCUCGCCAAGAUGAAGGCCGGGAAGGGAGAGGUGAAGCUCAUGUUCAGCGAAGCGACGCCCAAGCCUCGCAUGCCGAGCAAGCGUCCGCUACGAACCGUGCUGCAGGUGUCACCGAUCGAACUGGCUCGCCAGCUGACGCUGGUCGAGUACGACAUCUUUGCACGCAUCAAGCCGAUCGAACUCGUUGAGAAGGCGUGGAUGGAACCUGACAAGGUAAAGCGAGCACCGAACGUGAUGGCCUUGGUCUCGCACUUCAAUCAGGCAGUGCAAUGGUUCAUAACGCAGAUUGUCAACGAGGAGUCGGCGCGCAAACGGGAGUCUGUCAUGGACCACAUCGUCAAGAUCGCUCAGUGCUGCCGAACGCUCAACAACUUUAACGCCGUGCAAGAGAUCCUCGCCGCCUUCUCCUCGGCUCCAGUUUCUCGACUCUUGCAAGCCAAGCGGACGGUGCAAUCGCCAGAGUUCCUGGAGCUGAAGGAGCUGAUGGGCAUCUCCAACAACUUCAGCAAGUAUCGACGCGCCGUUCGCGACGCCAACCCGCCGCUGCUGUUGGACUCGAUGACGCACCUCUAUCUGGAACUCUCCAACCAGAACGACCAAAACAAAGUCGCGCUCAUGCGAAUCUGUGCCUUCCUCAAGAAGUGGACGAGGGAGCAGUUCUACGAGUUCCAGGAUGACCCGCAGCUGCUGGAGGCCUAUGAACAAUUCGUGUCGGGUAGCAAGGACAUCCAAGUGGUGCGAACGCUGGCGCCAACGCUCGCCAAGAUGAAGGCCGGGAAGGGAGAGGUGAAGCUCAUGUUCAGCGAAGCGACGCCCAAGCCUCGCAUGCCGAGCAAGCGUCCGCUACGAACCGUGCUUCAGGUGUCACCGAUCGAACUGGCUCGCCAGCUGACGCUGGUCGAGUACGACAUCUUUGCACGCAUCAAGCCGAUCGAACUCGUUGAGAAGGCGUGGAUGGAACCUGACAAGGUAAAGCGAGCACCGAACGUGAUGGCCUUGGUCUCGCACUUCAAUCAGUGCUGCCGAACGCUCAACAACUUUAACGCCGUGCAAGAGAUCCUCGCCGCCUUCUCCUCGGCUCCAGUUUCUCGACUCUUGCAAGCCAAGCGGACGGUGCAAUCGCCAGAGUUCCUGGAGCUGAAGGAGCUGAUGGGCAUCUCCAACAACUUCAGCAAGUAUCGACGCGCCGUUCGCGACGCCAACCCGCCGCUGGUGCCCUACCUCGGCCGAUUCCUCACCGACCUCAACUUCAUCGAAGACGCCAACAAGAUCAGGAUCAGCGCAAACAACCACGUCAACUUCCGCAAGUGCUACCUGGUGGCGGACGUGAUCCAGGAGCUGCAGAGGUAUCAACAGACGCCUUACAAUCUGGCGCCGGUGCCUGUGGUGCGCGACUUCCUGCUCGAGGUUGGGCGCACGCUCUCCGACGACGAGGCCUAUCAACGCUCCCGGCUCGUGCAGCCCCAAAAGGUCACCAUCGACUGA